AAUGGUGUAAUAAUUUAAAUAUAUAAUGCCAAUGUUUUAAUCGAAAAUGUUAACGAUUUUUUUGUGACUUGUGUAAUAUUUUUGAAUAAUAUUAAGUUUAAAUUUUAAAAUGGAUGACAUUGUAAAAGUGGUUGAUUUCGAGACUAUAGAAGAGGUAUUCGUGUUAAGCAAAUACCCGAAAACGGACUACACAUAUUCGCCACUGUCGCGCGACCGAGUGGAGCUGGCUCCCGGACAAGUCGCGGUGCCGAAUAUGUCGCGACGGUCGCUGUCGCAGUUCCGUAUCCAAGGGCCAAAUACCGUGGACGAACCGGAUAUACCUGUCAAAUCUGUAUGGAAGACCAGCACGUUGCGGAACCGAUUUACUACGGUAGACAGUUCAGACGACGAGAGUGCGUACACCCGCAACGGCGCCUACUCUAAAGCAGACGAGCGAUGGUGGAUCACGCAGUUGCUGGCGACCAUCGUGACCACCGUUACCACCGCCACCAGCGACGCGUACAGGAAGGUUGUGGGGCCUUCGCACAGAUACCCAUACACUGACCGGAGACCUGCUCAGAGCAGCAUAGUAUCGCGUACAGCGUCAUUGGCGGUGGCGCCGUUUUACUGGAUCUAUACGAUUAUCAAGACCAUAGUGACGACUACAGUGACGACAAUAACAGAAACGAUAUCGCCGAGGGAAGUCAACGAGGCUAAAGCAUACGGGGCCCGGUACGUCGAAAAACCCGCCAGCAAAAGACACUGGUGGCCUUGGAUACUUCUGCUGCUAUUGCCCACGUUCGGAUAUGGAUGUUACAUGUACAAAGACGAAAUUAUGCCGCAACAAGAAAUAUUAGUCGACACAUACAAACCUCCAACCAUUGUGCAAGAUGUAGAUUUAACGAAACGCGUAGCUGCCUUAGAAAAUUGGGCGUUAAACGUCGAUACGAGAAUCAAAUUCUUCGAUCAGAAACUCUCGAAAUUAGACAACAUAGCGACCCAAAUAGAGGAAUAUUCCUUCCACAACUUACAACAGAACCUAAUCCGAAUCCUGAACGACGAUAAAAACAGUGAAGCUGUAGCGGCGAAACUCAAAUAUCACUUCGACAAAAGUUACGUUUCCAACGAGCGAAUGGAAAUACUCAGCCGCGAAAUACACGAGAAGUUAAUUAAUUCGUGGAAACCUGGUAUAGAUGAGGAUGGAAUGAGGAAAAUCGUCCAGGAAUAUUUGCUGACAAUCGAAAAGCGUCAGAUGGAGUUGAUCGUGCAGAAGGUGAAAGAGUAUGUGAGAGAAAUCGAGACACGGCCUGUUGAAAUGAGAUCGGAGGUUGACUACGAUGUUGUUAAGAAGAUGGUUGCCGGCAUGCUCGAGGUUUACGAUGCAGAUAAGACUGGACUAGUGGAUUAUGCUUUGGAAUCUGCUGGCGGGCAAGUUAUAUCGACGAAAUGCACGGAGCUGUACCAAAUCAAGACGAAACAGUACUCGAUACUGGGUCUUCCCGUAUGGUGGGUGUACACGUCGCCUCGUUACGCGCUCACCCCGGGCGCCAUGCCCGCAGAAUGCUGGGCUUUCCAGGGCUUCCCGGGCUACCUCGUCAUACGCACGUACGCGAUCAUCGAGGUGACUGGCUUCUCGCUGGAGCACAUGUCGCGACUUCUAGCAGCGGAGGGCAAGAUCGAGUCAGCGCCCAAGAACUUCUCUGUUUACGGUCUACACGAAGAACUAGAUAGCGAGCCACAUCUCUUCGGCGAAUACAUGUAUGACGCCAACAACACAUCCAUACAGCACUUCCCAGUUAAAUACCCUAAAACCACGAACAUUGGUGGGGUUGAGUAUCCGGUAGCUUACGACAUCAUAGAACUUCGAGUGGAGAGCAACCAUGGCAACCCUACGUACACAUGCGUCUAUAGAUUCCGGGUUCACGGAAACCCACUGACAGACAUACGGAGUGCAACUGAAGACAGCAUAAGAGACAGUGAAACAUAGCAGGAAUUUCUAGAAAAGUAAUAUAACUGACAUUAAGCUAUGUAUCUGUAAAAGUGACAACAGAAAUUUCUAAAAAAAAGUGACAUUAAACUCUAUGUGUUAAAGUGACCAGUGAAUUGACUUAUAAACGUCCGGCUGCAGUGCAAAAUUGUGUUUAAUAUUUGGAACAAUACAACAUUCCUAGGAUAUAUUGAUGUGGACUUAAAACUGCAAGCUAUGUUACAUUAAUGGUCUAAAGUACAAAAUCUGAGUGUUGACUUAAAUGUAGUAUUUAUGUACAAACCUAGAUGCGUUUUGUGUGCAGGCAUAUUUUCCUAUAAAAUUGAACAAAUACAUAAUUACCGUACCUAAAUACAACGUUCUGAUUGAGCGUUAAUUGUAACGUUUGUUGAAAUUAACUGACGAAAAUUUAGGUUUAGUUAUAGUUUUAUGAAUAGUCCCGAAUUUAUGAAGUACAAUAUUAAAUGUUCAAAACCCAAAUAAAAUCUAAAACAAGAUAAUCUUUUAAGCAGUACAAAUUUGGAUUAGAUACUCUAUCUAAUGUGUAUGUUUAAGGAAAAUGAUAUGUAUCACCUAUAAAUAUUUUGGACUCAUUUAAAAUUGCAAUUUUCAUUUAUAGAGUGCAUAAAUAACUUAAAUAUUUUUCAGUAGUUAAAUAAUAACUUUACAAGACGCUGUUAGAACGUUUGAUAGAAAUGUUAAGUUUCUCUAUUUUGGCUAUUUCUAAAUAUUUUACCAAACUUGAUUGUUGUAUAUUGAGUAUUUUGUUUAAACUAUGUCCAGCUAUAGAUACCGCACAAAACCUGUUAUACGCUUAGUUAUUCUGAGUACUUUUUAUAAUUGUAUGUAGAUUUUAAUGAUUUUAACUGUAUAAUUAAGUUUUUAAUUCUAAUAUUUUAGCGUUUUAAAAUACGUGAGACAAUGACCAUUAAGCCUUUAAAAUUGUGCCCAAUUUAUUUAUUACUUCACCAUUAAAAAUAUAUCAUCACCCCACUUUCAUACUUACAACAUGGAAAAAAUAAAUUGAGUGUGCUGAUAACCGAAUUCCGCACGAAAAAUAUUUUGUGACGUUAAUUUUGACAACUCUUACAAGAGAAUUUUUGCUCACCAUAAAUUGAGUGAAGAUCGGAAUUUAAUAAAGUGUCAGGGUUCCUGCCGAAAUAAUUUUUAGAAUGAAUUCUAUUUCUCAAGUAAGUAAUAAAACUAGUAAACAUGUUUUAAGCUAAAUUUGGUUUGAUUUUCUAGAUAGCGCGACAACCAGGCAAAUAUUUGUGGUAUAUUUUAAUUAUUCGAAGGUUCCAAUUAUUUAAUAUUCAGAGCAUAUUUUGGAGCAUCUGGUGGUACAUGUAAAAAAAUAUUUGAUUAUUAUAGAAAACAUCACAAAUCAGCAAAUCGGGGUAGUGAACAACAUGCAUCCAGUCUACUAUAUAAAUUCAAAAUUUAUUUAUGUAGGCCUUUCACAGGCACUAUGUUUACAUAAUUGUAAGGGG